UCUAUGAAUGGUGUUGACAGUUUUGGCGGUAUGGGGGCAACUUUAGUAGAUUCACUCGACACAUUAUUUAUAAUGGGUCUUGAUGCCCAAUUCAAAAGAGCUACAGAGUGGGUUGCAGAAUCAUUGCAUUUUCACCAGAACAUUGAAGUUAGUGUGUUCGAGACAACCAUAAGAGUUCUAGGUGGCCUUCUCAGUGCUUAUGAUCUCUCUGGUGACAAAGUUUUCCUUGAGAAGGCUAAAGAUCUUGCAGAUAAGUUAUUACCUGCUUGGAAUACACCUUCAGGAAUCCCCUAUAACAGAAUUAACUUGGCAUAUGGCAAUACAAAUAACCCUACAUGGGCGCGGGGAAACAGUAUUCUUGCGGAUUCUGGUUCAGAGCAACUUGAAUUUAUUGCUCUCUCUCAAAGGACAAAUGACCCCAAGUACAAGGAAAAGGCAGAAAAGGUCAUCAAGGAGCUUUAUAGAACUUUUCCAGAGGAUGGGUUGCUUCCUAUAUACAUUAAUCCACUUACUGGAACUAAAUCAAGUGGAGCAAUUACAUUUGGUGCCAUGGGUGACAGCUUCUAUGAGUAUCUACUCAAGGCCUGGAUUCUAGGGAACAAGACUGAAGUUGUAACAUUUUAUAGGGAAAUGUGGGAGAAAUCAAUGAAAGGCCUUCAAAGCAUGAUUAGGAGGUCAACACCUUCAUCUUUUACAUACCUAAUUGAGAGGCUUGGAAAUGCAGACUUUGACAAGAUGGAUGAAUUAGCAUGUUUUGUUCCUGGAAUGUUGGCUUUGGGAUCUUCUAACUAUGGCCCUGGAGAAGCUGAAAAAUUUCUAGCACUUGGAGAGGAGCUUGCAUGGACUUGUUACAAUUUCUACCAAUUAACACCAACUAAAUUGGCAGGAGAGAACUAUUACUUUCGCAAUGGACAGGAUAUGAGUGUUGGUACCUCGUGGAAUAUCCAAAGGCCUGAAACAAUUGAGUCUCUAUUCUACCUUUGGCGUUUCACUGGAAACAAAACAUACCAAGAAUGGGGUUGGAAUAUUUUUCAAGCAUUUGAAAACAAUUCUCGGAUUGAGACAGGAUAUGUUGGACUCAAAGAUGUGAAUACUGGUGCAAAAGAUAAUAUGAUGCAGAGCUACUUCCUUUCAGAAACACUUAAGUACCUCUAUCUCUUGUUUUCUCCUCCAUCAGUCAUUUCUCUUAACGAAUGGGUGUUCAACACAGAGGCACACCCCUUAAGAAUUAUGACUAGAAGUGCUCAUGAAGAGAGUGGUGACCAAGAAGAGGUAUUUCCACGUCAUUUGCAUGGUAGAAAAGAAGGUCGAAUUAAUUAUAAAAAGUAGUUAAGAGUUGUUGCUUUCGGAUUCUCAUAAACAGAUCUUGAAGCAUAGUUCCCUACUCUCAACUUAGAUCCAAGACUUCAACCUUGUGCUGUGGACACAUCAUCUUUUACUAUCUUUGCAUGAGAAUGAUUCAUCAUUUUGACUAAUGAUAUUGCUCAGGGGACUGCUGGUUUUGCUUUAUCAACAGAGUUAUAGGUUGUCUGUCUAUGGUGAACAAUACUUGGAAGCUUUGUUUAUUGGUGUACUUAGUAGGAUAAAAUGUGGGUGUAAAUGCCUAGUUAGAAAUAGAGACUAUUCUACUUAAUUUUUUUACCAACUUUUGCAUAAUUGUAAAUUCUUGUGUAUUAGUUGCAACUAUGAGAUUUAAGUUAUCCAAUUUUCAAUUUUUCAAA